CAAGGAUGGUCCAUGGGAUGGGGGAUGCCGGCUGCUGGGUCCUGCUCGGGCUCUCCCUGCUCCCCAUCGCCGUGCUGGGCUCCCAGGACGAUGGGAAGGUGAUCCACAUCAGCAGGGUGCAGCACCAGGCGGUGCGCGUGGGGCUGGGGGAGCCCGUGGCCCUGCCCUGCCUCUUCCUGCUCCACCCCUCCGCCUCGCUGGGGCCCAACGAGCCCCCCGACCCGCCCCGCGUCAAAUGGAGCAAGGUGCGCUCGGCCAGCGGCCAGCGGGAGGACGCGCCCAUCCUGGUGGCCAAGGACAACGCCGUGAAGGUGGUGAAAGCCUACGAGGGCCGCGUGUCCCUGCCCGGCUACCCCCGUGACCGCUCCAACGCCACGCUGGAGCUGCGCGGGGCCCGCGCCAGCGACGGGGGGCUGUACCGCUGCGAGGUGGUGGCCGGCAUCGAGGACGAGCAGGACCUGCUGCCGCUGGAGGUGACGGGCGUCGUGUUCCACUACCGCCCCGCGGGCCGGCGCUACGCCCUGAGCUUCCCCGCCGCCCGCCGCGCCUGCCGGGACAACUCUGCCGUCAUCGCCUCCCCCCAGCACCUCCAGGCCGCCUUCGAGGACGGCUACGACAACUGCGACGCGGGCUGGCUGGGCGACCAGAGCGUGCGGUAUCCCAUCACGCUGUCCCGGCCCGGUUGCUAUGGAGACCGCAACAGCCUGCCCGGAGUGCGGAGCUACGGGCGGAGGGAGCCCGAGGAGCUGUACGAUGUGUACUGCUACGCCCGGGAGCUGAGAGGGACGGUGUUCUACGCCACGGUGCCGGGGAGGUUCACGUGGCAGGGGGCCCGGCGGCACUGCCGGGGCCGGGGGGCCUCGCUGGCCACCACGGGGCAGCUGUACCUGGCGUGGCGGGAGGGGCUGGACCAGUGUGACCCGGGCUGGCUGGCCGACGGCAGCGUCCGCUACCCCAUCAGGGUGCCCCGCAGGAAGUGUGGGGGGGAGGCCCCCGGGGUCAGGACCCUCUACCAGUUCCCCAACCGCACCGGGUUCCCCCCGGCCGCCUCCAGGUUCGACGCCUACUGCUACAAAGCCGCGGGGCAGAGGGACACGGAGGAGCCGGUGCCCCCCACGCCCGACCCACCGGGCAGCGACAACGUGCUGGUGGAGCACAGCGAGGACCUGGGCACCUCGGGGGACACCAGGGACACCCCCAGCGACCACUACGAGCUCCUGCCACAGCCAGGGCUCGCAGGGCAGGGCCAGGAGGAAGAGGAGGAGGAUGAGGAUGAGCAGCUGCAGCCGGCGAGCAGCAGCCCCACGGCCACGGCACAGCGUGGGGACCUCCCGGGGGCCACCCCUGCACCGGCACCAGCGGCUCCUGGGCUAGGGAUGGAUGGUGGGACACCCCUGCCACCCACCACGGCCCCCUCGCUGGUGUGGCCCCAUGAGGAGGCGGCUCUCAACGUGGUGGAUCAGGCCCUGGAGAGCUCCUGGCAGGAUCCGACCGGUGCCAGCCCGGCGCUGCCGGUGCAAGAAGAGCCUGAGGAGCCCCCGGCCACCCUCCUGCCACACUCCCAAAGCCCAGCCCGGGAGCACAGCACCGGAUCGUCACUGGCACCAGCUGGGCUGGGGAUGGUCCCCAGCACGGCAGCAGAGACCCCCAGCCCCCCACCCACCAGCUCCCACAGCCCAAGGAAGAGCCACGCCGGGCUGAACGGGCGCUACUUCCAGCUCCAGCAGCAGGGUCGUGACCCCGCGGUGGCAGCUGGGGACCCCACGGGGGCUGUGGACCCCACAGUGGCUGGGGACGCAGCGGGGACGGCCACCCAGGCCCCUGUCCUGGCCCUGGAGGUGAAGGAAGCUGCGGCCAACACGGUGGAGCCGUGGAACAUCCCCCGUGUGGGCACCGAGAGCCUCUGGCAGGAGGGCCCCGACGCGUCCCCCAGCGCGCUGGAGGAGGAGAUCAGCCCUGAGCUGGUGGCACCGGACACUGCCCUGGUGACACCCUCGCCGCAGGCACCAGUCCCGAGGGAUUCCCCGCAGGAAUUGUGGAGCCCCCGCCACCCUGGGGGGCCUGAGGGGACACCCCCUGUGCCAUCCCCACCCCUGCCUGUCUCCGUGACACCCCACGAGGCUCUGGGCCGCCAGGACAUCCCCACGGACGGGGCCCAGCCCCACAUCCCCAGUGCCCGUGGGGACUCCCCGCGACCACCUGCAGAGGCCACCGAGGACUUCUCUGGGGACACCGUGUCCCAGGAGGACUCUGGCUCUGUCCCACCGUGGCCCCCGCUGCCCCCAGCCCCGCUGGUGGCCGAGGGUCCCGAGCCGGCCCCGCAGCCCCGCGGUGAUGGCGGUGAUGGCAGCGGGGCCCCGGGUGAGGCCUCGCUGGAGAGGCAGAGGAAAGCCGUGACCUUCCUGCAGCCAGACAGCCCCUCCGCGGCUCACCCGGCCACCCCCGGCCCCACCCAGGGGGCUGCUCCCCGUGCCCAGGGGGGGCUGAGCCCCACGGCCCCCCAGGGGCCGGCUGAGCCCAGCCAGGAGCGGCUGGAGGGACACGGGGAUGUCAGGAAAGGCACGGCCAAGCCCGGCAGUGAGGCGGCCGCGUCCCCCCCGGGCUGGGACACCCCCUCGCCAUCACCUCCCCCCGCCACCACCUCGGUGACCCCGUGGGCCGGCCCCGAGCGGCCGGUGGAGGUGGUGGUGAUGGAGCCAGUGGUGAUGGAGGCAGUGGCUGAGGAGGGGUCCACGGCCUUCGCCCCCGCGGCCCCUCAUCCCACCAGCCACUCUGGGCCGGAGCUGGGGGCAGGGGAGCAGCUCCUCCUGCACCCCCUGGACCCUCGGCAGCCCCCCGGCUCCCCAGCCCCCCCCAGCCCCGAGGAUGCUCCAACAUCCCCCAGCCAGGAGGAUUCCUCGGGGGACACGAGGAGGGAAGAGCCCGCCACGCCCCUCGGCUCAUCCACCCUCGACCCCUGGUCAUCACCUACUGCCCCCCACCCGGGGGUGACCGGGACACCUGAGUCCCCUGGCGUGGGGCUGCUCUUUGAGCCCUCCGUGGCAGCGGAGCUGGGGGUCCCAGGGGGGUCCCCGCUGCUGGAAGCUGACAGUGGGAGCGGCGAGGGGCUGGAGGAGAGGGAGCUGCUGGCCUGGGUGGGCACCGGCAACACCACCCGGCACGCCCCGUCGGACCCCUGCGAGAACAACCCCUGCCUGCACGGCGGGACCUGCCGCGCCAACGGCACCGUCUGCGGCUGCAGCUGCGCCCCCGGCUUCACCGGGGAGAACUGCGAGAUCGACAUCGACGACUGCCUGUCCAGCCCCUGCCAGAACGGCGGCACCUGCAUCGACGAGGUGAACUCCUUCGUGUGCCUCUGCCUGCCCAGCUACGGCGGCAGCCGCUGCGAGAAAGACACGGAGGGCUGUGACCACAACUGGCACAAGUUCCAGGGUCACUGCUACCGCUACUUCCCCCGCCGGCGCUCCUGGGAGGACGCGGAGCGGGACUGCCGGCGCCGCGCCGGCCACCUCACCAGCAUCCACUCGCAGGAGGAGCACGGCUUCAUCAACGGUUUUGGGCAUGAGAACACCUGGAUCGGGCUCAAUGACAGGAUUGUGGAGCAGGACUUCCAGUGGACCGACAACACGGGCUUGCAAUACGAGAACUGGCGGGAGAACCAACCCGACAACUUCUUCGCGGGGGGCGAGGACUGCGUGGUGCUGGUGUCCCACGAGAUCGGCAAGUGGAACGACGUGCCCUGCAACUACAACCUGCCCUACAUCUGCAAGAAAGGCACAGUGCUGUGUGGGCCCCCCCCAGAGGUGCCCAACGCCUUCCCGGUGGGGAAGAGGAAGGAGAAGUACAACAUCCACUCCAGCGUGCGCUACCAGUGCCAGGAGGGCUUCACCCAGCGCCACGUGCCCACCAUCAAGUGCCACAGCACCGGCAAGUGGGACCGGCCCAAAAUCCUCUGCACAAAACCCAGGCGGUCGCACCGAGCGCGGCGGCACCACCGGCACCGGCACAGCCACCCCCACCACCAGCACCACCACCACAAACCCCGCAAGGAGCGGCGAAAACACCGCAAGCACCUCCGGCUGGACUGGAUGGAGGAGGGGCACUACUUCUAGAGCCGAGGGGGGGCCCGCCGAGCACAAAGGUCCCCCCGCGGGAUGUGGUGACGUUUCCCGCCCCCCUCCCGCCCCCCUUUCUCCCCCCUGCCCCCCGCCCUCUCUUUUAUAACCCCCUUU